AUGGCUGAUGCUUUAACUGAUAUUUUACGGGCUGCUAGCAAACAUCCCAAUUCCCGGGUAUCAAAACUAAUACACACCGUUGAAGAGGAACCCAGCCAAAAGAAUAUCGUUUUACUAUUAAUUGAACUGGCCGAACAUGCAGAAUAUUCUACAGAUUUUAAUGUAUCAUUAAAAUAUUAUUUGGAUUAUUUUGAACGUUUGGGCAUUAGUAGUGAUUUAGUUUUAAACGAAGCUGGUCUUCUAUUGGUUAAUUCAUCAAAAAUCUAUUCCAAACGUGUUGAUUACGUACAAAGUCUAGUGGAGAGACAAAUUCUAACAUUAUCAAAUGCCGAUGAAGAGCUACAAAAACAAAAAUUAGAACAACAACAAACCGAAAAUGCUGCACCCACCGAAAAGCCCAAAAGAGGCCGAAAACGAGUAUUAGAAGCUCCGAGUGAUCCCUAUGAAGUUGAAUUAACACCGAAAAAAUUCAAAAAGCUAACGGAAGAGAAACGUUUUGCCGUACCAAAAUCGGCACAAAAACCCAAAUCAUUACUGCGUAAUAUUGAAAUGGAACAACAAAUACAUCCGGCUGGAUGGCAACAUGCCACCAUCUAUGAUUUGGAAAAUGAAGAAGAUAUCGAUACGAAAAGGAAUUACAAACUAUUUACCUAUCAUAUAGAACAUCGUUACAAUACCCUGGUGCCGGAUAUAAACUUUCGUUUGCAUUUCAAAAUGAAAGACUACAUGGACGAGCAAGAGGAAAUGGAAGAUGAAGCCUGUAAUACAGAUCGCAGUUGGCCGCCUCUAUCGGAAGCAUAUGUUCAGAAAUAUCUACGUUUGGAGAAUUAUGUGCUACAACAAGACAUGAAAGCUAAAAAAAGAAAAUCAGCAGAACUAGACGAAGACACAGUAAGCCCAGCGGAAGGACAAACUGUUAUAACAAAUGAUCCAAAAGACCCAGCGGAUAAUUUGCAAGAACAUGAUUCCAUAAAUGUUAAAAAUGUUUCGGAAUUGGAUCAAACUAUGCUGGAUUGUAGUGCGGCAAACAAUAGCACAAAUGAGGACUUAGAUCCAGCAAAUAAGUCCCAAGAGAAUUUGGAUUCCUCCAAUAUAAAUGGCAAAAAUGAUUCUGGUUUAGGUCAAAGUAUAUUGGAUGAAACAAAUAACAUAUUGGAGACAACACAGCUGGAUGCAACAAAUUUAAAUGAUACAAAUACAGCAGAGGCUAACAAAGAAAAUGAUUCUGCUUUGGGUACUAGUGUGUUAGAUCAAACUAGCAGUACAGAGAAUAAUACAACAGCAGAAGCGGAAAAUCUAAAUGAUACAAAUGUAGCAGAAGCCAACAAUUCGUUAAAUACAACGGAAAAUCAACAAGAAAAUGAUUCUGCUUUGGGUACUAGUGUAUUAGAUCAAAGUAACGAUGCAACAACAGAUACUACAAAAAAUCUGGAUAUAACAACAAAUUCGGAAAGCCUUAAUGAUACAAAUGUAGAAGCAGAAGCCAACAAAUCUUUAAAUAACUCGGAAACACAACUCGAAAAUGAUUCUGCUUUGGGUACUAGUGUAUUAGAUCAAACCAGCAAUACUGAAAAUAAUACAACAACCGAGGCAAAUGAAAAUUUGGAUACAACACAGGAAGGCAUCGCUGAAACAAGUGGAGUUUUGGAAACCAGUAGUACAGAAAAUAAUACAACAGAAGCAAACGAAAAUUUGGAAACCAUAAAAGAAGGGGAUGAAAAUAAAACAGAUAAUCCUGCUGAACUUAGUAAAGCCACAGACAAUAGAAAAGACUCUGCCUUAAUAGAUGAUAGACAUCAUUCGAUUUCAACAGAAAAUUUAGCCAUGUCUAGGGAAAAUUUAAAUCAAAUUGAUGUUGAGCCACAACUGGAUAAAGAUAACAACCAAAUCCGUAUAGAACUACCACACACGGAUGAUGAAGGUGUUUACCUUUCAGAUUUAGAAGACAAUGAAUGUCGUUUGUUGUCACCCGUCAUUAAGGCCGCUAAUAUAUUGCCGGGAGUGGAGAGAAAAGAUGUAACCAUAUAUAUGGAUGAUGAAUUAAAGGAAGCCCUUGAAAUGAGAGAUGACAUUAUGGAACAUUUUAGUUAUGAAACCUUUAAAGUGCCUGUGAUAACAACACCUAAAAAACAAAAUUUAUUAUUUAAUAUUUUUAAAUUACCCGAAAAACUAGUAAGAAGAAAAAUUUUAUUUAAAUUGGGACCUGAAAUGGAUUUAUAUCUGCAAGCGCGCUCUUUAAAACGUUGUAGAAACGAAGCUCCAGCACGCGUGGUACGUACCCCUCAACUAACACAAUGGUUUUCUCUUAACGAUACCGAUAUGAGCGGUGUUUGUAUGUCACCGCCCUAUAGUCCGGGACAUUCUUCGGAUUUUUGUGGCUUUUCGGAUAACGAGGAUGAUGAUGACAGCGACAGUUGUGCUGAAUUUUGUGGUUUUACUGAAGAGGAACAGGAGACUUUAAUAAUAAAACAUGUAUGUCGUUUAAGUCGUGAUUCGGGUGUUGGGGUGGAUGUUAACAAUUUGACGCCGGAAAAGGAAACAUUAGAAAUUAUAUUCGAAGAGGUAGAAACGUCUGCAGUAGAGAACUGCAAAAGGAUUAUUAAUCUAGAUGAAACACCAAAUAACUGUGAACAAAGUACGGAAAGUUUAUUAAAUCAGCUGCCGGAUGAAAUUAGAGAGGUUUUAACUACUGAACUGGAAGGAAAUAAUGAAACACCAGAAAAUGGAAACAAGGAACCCAACACGGAGGCAAGUUGUAGUGAAACAAUAGAAGAAUCGGAAAAAUUGCAAACCCAAAGUAGUAUGGAUAAUUCGGAAUGUGUUACCACAGAAAACUCCGCGACAAAUAAUACGCAAGAGUCUGAUAUGGUGUUAACGGAGAACUCUACAGAAACGCAAAUAUGUACAGAAGGAAGUGCGCAAAGUACAGAAUCUCAAGAUUGUACUGAAGAAAGUGCUCUAAGUACGGAGCCCUUAACAAAUACACAAGACUCAAAUAUGGUGUUAACGGAAAACUCUACAGAAACUCCAGCUUGUAGUGCAGAAUGUCCGGAAAGUACGGAGCCCGAAUCUCAACAAAAAGCCACUGAUGUAUGUGGGAAUGAAAUUCCAAAAGAUAGUGAUAUUGAAACGCCUUGCGAUAAAUCCUCGAAAUCAGAUGAAUCUAAAAAAAGUGCUGAAGAAUUGUUGAAAGAAAAAUUAGACCUUGCUAAUAAUUCUAUGGCUGAAUGUGAUAAUGAUGACAUUAUGGAAAAUGAUGAUGAUUCCGAUGAUGAUGAAAUGUUGAAUUUGGAAACUCAGGGAAUCAAAACUAAGAUCCAACAAUGGCACGAACAUUUGCAGCCCAUAUUAGCUAAAUCGAGAGAGCGUCAUCAUUUCGAUGUUUUCAAAUUGGGCUCCGAAAUUAUCGAAACAGUACAAACUGUAACUGACUCUAAUGAAGAAUCUGCGAAUGUAUCUAAAUCUAGCUCUACCUCGUCAAAUCGUCCUGCAGCCUCUUUUCAUGAUAUUAUGGAUAGUAAAGAUAACUCGUAUGUAUCCAGAUAUUUUCUUUCCACUCUAUUGCUGGCAAAUCAAAGCAAUAUAGAAAUCUCUAUAGACAAUAAAUCCUCAGAGAAGCCUUCUUCUUGGCAUGAUAUACACUUGAAAUUAUUAAGUACAAAACGUCAUACGGUAGCUAUAGAGGAUAAUAUAGGUAUGAUUGAUAAUAAACAAAAAGCAAGUGAUAACAAAGCAAAGCUGAAAACAAAAGAAAAGCCCAUUAUGGGGAAAAUUCAAGAGGUCGUAGAUGAAGAGGAAGAUGAGCCUUUAAUAAAACUACAAAGCAGUAAAAAAGCAACUAAAAAAUCAAAAACAUCACUAAAACGUAAUAGUGAUAAUGCAAUAACUUCUCUAAUAGCCGAAAAGAAGCCUAAAGAAAUAACAACUACAACACCAGCAAUUAGCCGACACAAUGAGUUGCCACACCUGAUAGAAGAUGUACAAAUUAUAACACCCCCAGCUGCAGUAAGCGACAUAAAUAUGAUGCCCUGCACCAGCCGUCAAGCUCAAUAUAUAAAUACCGCCUUGUUUAAUGUCAACAUCAAUAAAAUACAAACGCUACAGCCCAUCGAAAAGGUACAGAAAAGAAGUGAUGAUCAUGAUUCUGGCAUUUUUUCAAUAGAUGAAAUGACCACAUCAUGACGUUACUAAUGACUUGUUU